AUGGAAUUCAGCUCCUCGUCCGUGUUUGAUCCGCAGAAAGAUUCUACUGAUGAAGUUGACCUGAACAUAGUGUUCCAGGCAGCUGCCAGUGGGGAUGUCAACACACUCACAGCAACAAUCCGAGAAGAUCCUUCGAUUCUGGAGUGUUGUGAUGGAGAAGGCUCAACUCCACUGAUGCAUGCGGUGUCAGGGAGGCAGGUGGACACAGUGAAGCUGCUUCUGAAGAUGGGAGCCUCCAUUAACACUCAGGAUGCCUGUGGGAGGACCUCCCUGUCCUUGGCCACCUAUCUGGGCUGGCUUGAAGGCUGUGUUUGCCUUCUGCGCAAUGGGGCCAAACAAAACAUUCCAGAUAAAAAUGGACGUUUGCCCCUUCACGCAGCUACAGCUGAAAUCGACUUCAGACUUAUGGCUGUGCUGUUGCAACAGUCAACACUGUGUGAAAUCAAUCAUCAAGACAAUGAGGGAAUGACUGCUCUUCACUGGGCCUCCUUCCACAACCGUCCGGAGCACGUGCAAGCCCUGCUGCAGAAAGGGGCCGACCCCACCCUAGUGGACAAAGACUUCAAGACAGCCCUCCACUGGGCAGUGCAGAGUGGCAGCAGAUACAUGUGCUCUCUGAUCCUUGAUCACCAUCUCGGCCCUUCUGUGAUCAACUACGACGAUGAGAACGGCAAAACCUGCGUUCACAUUGCUGCAGCGGCUGGCUUCAGCGACAUCAUCUAUGAGCUUGCGCGUGUUCCUGAGACCAACCUGCAAGCACUGGAUGUUGAUGAGCGAACCCCCUUGCACUGGGCAGCAGCAGCAGGCAAAGUGGAGUGUGUGCAGGCCCUACUGCAGCUGGGUGUUGAGCCAGAGCCCAGAGACAUCAACGAGAACACACCACUCACCUACGCCAUGUACUGCGGCCACACGGCAUGCAUCAAACUUCUCUCCACUGAGAACAGGUUAGAGUCGACCCGACAGCUACAUUCCCAGAAUAAUGAUAUGGCCAGCAAAAAAGAGGGCAAGUUCCGCAUGCUCAACAACAUCUUUUCUUGUAAGAAGAAGAAGGAGCUUCAUGCAGCACUACAGAAAGUACCAAACCAUGAUCGACACCAGUCGGAGGAGAUGUCUGAGGUGGAUGAUAUCAUCACCAUGUUUGACUGCCUGUCGGAUUCGUCAGGGAAAGACUCACGAGAAGAUGGACUGGCGUUGAGGAAGAGGUCGUGUGAACCACAAAAGCUGGGGAUUCUGGAGGACCACACCUUAAAGGAAAUCAAGGGACUUCCACCCAUCCGCACACAGAGUCUUCCACCAAUCACAAUGGGAAACUCACUGUUGGCCAGCACGCAGUUUAUGGUCCAAAGGAAUUCGGGCGGCCAAGUGAUCAGCCACCUUGCCCACCGGUCUCAGAAGAGCAAAAGUGAACAUGACCUGUUUGACAGCAGAGCCAAGAGCCAGAAAUUGGUAGGCCAGACCUGGAAGACGGAGUCCAGUCAAGUCCUGACUCACAAGGCUUGGGUAUCAUCACCGUCUGAGAGACUGCUUGAUCGACCUCAUCACGAAACGUCAGGCCCCUUAGAUGUGCUCUGUCCAAAACAAACCCCAUACAUUCAAAAAAAUGAGCAAGUUCCAAACACACACCUACUACCUCUGAAUGGCCUGCGGAUGAGGGACUCUGGCCUAGCACGCAACAGCCUGGCACCUAUACGCGACCACUGUACUCACCGAUUCUCCCUUCCACCUGACCAGGUAUCUCAGGGAGUGAAGAAGUCCAAAUCCCUGCCUCUCGGCUCCCUAGGCCGGGGCUUGGUCAGCCUGCCUCCUCCAAACGCCUCCAAGCACAAAGUGGGACUCCCUCAGAGCCAGUCCCUCUGCUCCCUGCCGCCCGCGGCUGUCGGAGAACCCCUACGGAACAUGCAAGUCCUUCCUGCAAUCCCACCACUUAGGAGACGCAGUCCUUCGCCUUCUAAGCCCACUGUGACGCCUCAUGCUAACAUGGGACAGUAAUGCGCAGUACAGUAGCUAAUAAUGGCAUGCAAAGACACUACAGAUUUUUGAGAUUAUGUUAUCUCUGUUAUUUUGCUCAUGUGUGGACGAACGUGACUGUGCCAAGAAGUCUUAUCGAGAAGUCGUUGGAAUUCAGAUCAAGUCAAGACAAGUCAGAUCAAGAAGUCAAGUCAUUGUCACAAUUCAUUCAUACAAGAUUUCUGUGGGAAAAUUCUUCAGUUCUGUGUUUCCUUGUUACUUGGUUGACUUAUAAACUGGUAAUCUGACCAUCAGGUUUAAGGCUGCAACAGAACAUUAAGUUUUCAUCUUAUGAAAGUCAGAAUGUGUUAGCUCCUCUGUUAAAGAUAGGCUCAGAUAAGAAGAAAAUGACAUGAUUUAUAGAAUGGUUUAAGUAUUUGAUAAAAAUUUAUUAAAGAGAAACUUUCUUAUUUUUACAUAUUUUUACUCAUCAGAAACUUUAUCUAAAGGCAUGCACUGUGUUGAACUAUUCUUUAAUGUAUGUAAGGCAUUCAAGUGAUAUAUUGAAGUUCUUAUCUGACUGCUUUGUAAUAAAGGGA